AAACAGGUGUUUGGAAAAGGUGUUCUAUGAGAGAAAGGAGAAUUCGGUAGUUAAUCACCAUCAUUCAGAGAGCCGACUGGAGGACAAGCUCUGUUGCUAUUUCUUCGCUUGCAGCCCGGUUGCACAUUUAUUUUAAAAAGAUUGAAUUUCCUGCUCGAUGGCUGGUCAGGCUGACCUUUCAAGACUAGUGAAUAUUUCUUUCUAAUAUCUCCGUCGCCUUUUUUUUUUUUUUUAAGGUUGACGGGGAAACAGUCUGUUGAAGUGUUGGCUAGGUGAGUUAGACACUCUCAGAAAUGAGAAAAGGGGAAGGAAACGGACUUAGAAGCCCGAGAGCAAAGCUGCAGCUCACGGCCUGGGUACCCCUCGGGCCCCUCGCCCCCGGCCCUUGACCCCCGCGGAGACCCCCGGCGGCGGCGUCAAUAUUCGAUCCGCCCUUCGCCAGUGCGUUGCCAGCACGGCCGCGUGGCUAGUGGAAGGGGCUGCGCCGAGGCCGGCUCCCGAGUCCGCGGGGGGCUUCGGAAGGACCUGCUCUGCUCUCGCCCUCUCCCGGGCGGCUCUGCCUGCGGCCGCGCGGCGCCCACCAUGCGGAGAUCCCCGCGGUUCGCGCCGCUCUGCGCGCUGCUGUGCGCGCUGCCCGGGCUCCUGCGGGCGGCGGCGCCCCGGGGCCCCGCACAGCCCCAGGCUCAGCGGCGCGACCCCCACGACCCUGCCAGGGGCGCCGAUUUCGAUCACGUCUACAGCGGGGUGGUGAACCUCAGCACUGAGACCAUCUACGCCUUCAACUACACUAGCCAGCCCGGCCAGGUAAAUGCCGUGCGGGUGUAUGUGAACAGCUCCUCGGAGAACCUCGACUACCCGGUCCUGGUGGUGGUUCGCCAGCAGAAAGAGGUGCUGUCCUGGCAGGUUCCUCUGCUCUUCCAAGGACUAUACCAGAGGACCUACAACUACCAAGAAGUGAGCCGCACCUUAUGUCCCUCAGAAGCAACCAAUGAAACAGGACCACUGGAACAACUGAUAUUUGUAGAUAUAGCAUCUAUGGCACCCCUGGGUGCCCACUACAAACUGCUGGUUACCAAGAUCAAGCACUUCCAGCUACAGACAAAUGUUGCCUUUCACUUCACUGCCAGCCCCUCUCAACCCCAGUAUUUUCUGUACAAAUUUCCUGAAGACGUGGACUCAGUUAUCAUUAAAGUUGUGUCUAAAAUGGCUUAUCCAUGUUCCGUUGUCUCAGUCCAGAAUAUCAUGUGCCCAGUCUAUGAUCUUGACCACAAUGUGGAAUUUAAUGGUGUCUAUCAGUCCAUGACCAAGAAAGCAGCCAUCACACUACAGAAGAAGGAUUUUCCUGCCAAGCAGUUCUUCGUGGUGUUUGUGAUAAAGCCGGAAGAUUAUGCUUGCGGAGGAUCUUUCUUCAUCCAGGAAAAGAAGAACCAGACCUGGAAUCUACAACGAACAAAACACCUUAAAGUGACCAUUGUCCCUUCCAUUAAAGGUUCUGUUUUUGUGAAAUCCAUUCUUCUCAGCUUCCUCAUCUUCUUCUCCUUCUAUUUGGUGUACCUGCUGAUCGCGUUUGUUCAUUAUGUCAGGUUUCAGAGAAAAUCCAUUGAUGGAAGCUUUGGUUCCACUGAUGACGCUGGAACGAUGGCAGUGUCCCAUCCCAUUGCUGCCAGCACUCCUGAAGGGAGCAAUUAUGGGGCAAUAGGCGGGUCAAGCUCCAGUCCCGGCAGGCAGACGUCCUCCCCUGAGCGGGGCCAGCCAUGCCAGUCAGACACGGACAGCUCCGUGGAGGAGAGCGACUUCGACACCAUGCCAGACAUUGAGAGUGACAAGAACGUCAUCCGGACCAAGGUAUUCCUUUACUUGUCAGAUUUGUCCAGGAAGGAUCGGAGAAUUGUCAGCAAAAAAUAUAAGAUUUAUUUCUGGAACAUCAUCACCAUCGCUGUGUUCUAUGCACUACCUGUGAUCCAGCUGGUCAUCACCUACCAGACAGUGGUAAAUGUCACUGGAAACCAGGACAUCUGCUACUACAACUUCCUCUGUGCUCACCCCUUGGGUGUCCUGAGUGCCUUCAACAACAUUCUCAGUAACGUGGGACACGUGCUCCUGGGCUUCCUCUUCCUGCUGAUAGUGUUGCGCCGGGACAUUCUCCAUCGAAGAGCCCUGGAAGCCAAGGACCUCUUCGCCAUAGAGUAUGGGAUUCCCAAACACUUUGGCCUCUUCUAUGCUAUGGGCAUCGCGCUGAUGAUGGAAGGAGUGCUCAGUGCUUGUUACCACAUCUGCCCUAAUUACUCCAACUUCCAAUUUGACGCGUCCUUCAUGUACAUGAUCGCCGGCCUCUGCAUGCUGAAGCUCUAUCAGACCCGCCACCCAGACAUCAACGCCAGCGCCUACGCCGCCUACGCCUCCUUCGCCUUCGUCAUCACACUCACCGUCCUCGGAGUGGUGUUUGGGAAAAACGACGUGUGGUUCUGGCUCAUCUUCUCUGUGAUCCACAUACUUGCCUCCCUGGCCCUCAGCACCCAGAUCUACUACAUGGGUCGUUUCAAGAUAGAUUCGGGGAUGUUCCGGCGGGCCGCCAUGGUGCUCUACACGGACUGCAUCCACCAGUGCAGCCGGCCUCUGUACAUGGACAGAAUGGUGUUGCUUGUCGUGGGGAAUCUGGUUAACUGGUCCUUUGCCCUCUUUGGACUGAUCUACCGACCCAGGGACUUCGCUUCCUACAUGUUGGGCAUCUUCAUCUGUAACCUGCUGCUCUACCUGGCCUUCUACAUCAUCAUGAAGCUCCGCAGCUCCGAGAAGGUCCUCCCCAUCCCGCUCGUCUGCAUCGUGGCUACCGCUGUGCUGUGGGCUGCCGCCCUGUAUUUUUUCUUCCAGAAUCUCAGCAGCUGGGAGGGAACCCCGGCCGAAUCCCGGGAGAAGAACCGGGAAUGUGUCCUGCUGGACUUCUUUGAUGAGCAUGACAUCUGGCACUUCCUGUCUGCCACUGCCCUGUUUUUCUCAUUCUUGGUUUUGUUAACCCUGGAUGAUGACCUGGAUGUGGUUCGGAGGGACCAGAUCCCUGUCUUCUAAGCGUCCAGCUUUAAGAGGGGGAUGAGGGAGCCAUCAAUCUUGGUGCUGUUUCCUAAAAACACGUGGGGCCUACAGCACAGUAGCCACUGCCAAACGCUCCACUCAACCCCUGUGGAGUCGGCUCUGCACACACUCGCAUGGGGAGGGCAGGAGCAGAGGAGACUCAGAUCUGCAGGACGCGGGGAAGAAAGGAAGCGGCGGCUGUGGACGAGGGCAAGCCCUGAACAGCGGAGAAAGCCCCCAUCCCCUCAUGUUGCAACUCUGAAACCAGAGAAACGCUGCAUCAGUCGGUUCACUGUCCUGUGACCGCCCCCACCCUCACCUGGUACUCACCAGCAAUGGCAGAAUGAUGCUGCAUUUUUUUCUCCAGCUGACCCCAUGCCCACAAAGGUCAGCAGCCCGGAUUCCCCACCCAGAGACUUAGGUGGGCCCCUUUGCACCUUUCAGACACCUGCUGCACAACACAACAGCUCGCUUCUCCAGGGUCCUGGGGUGACACGGUGCCUCAGAGUCUGGUAGCCAGUGGACCCGAUGCCCUACCCCAUUGGGAUAGACGUUUUAUCAGCAGCAGCUCAUAGCCUCCUCAGAAGGAAUGCUGUUUGUUUUCCCCCAGGUCCCUGACCUCCUUAGGGAGACUCUGGAUUGGGCCUUGUCAUACAGUCCUCCUAAUUCAUCCCUGGGACCAGGGCUUGGGUGCUUACUUAUUCCUUGGUGUCUUCAUCUCACUGCUGUGUGCUGACCCCAUAACUCAGACUCUGCCUUCUUGAGAAGAAGGGACCAGGCCCCAUUGCUCCACAGACUGGCUCUAAGGUGGCGGGGAAGUGAGAGAACUUUUCUGUUGGUAGGCGGAGCAAGAGAAACGACCGACAGUGCUGAGAGAGAGGGGACAGCAGUCAGCAUCCAGCCACCAGGCCCCACCCAAAGGACUUGGGCUCCUGGAACUAACACAACCAAGGCAAAAGCACUUCCGCCUGCCUCCAGUUCAACCAGCGCAAUUCUGUGCCCGCGGCACCUUUGUGGAAGGAAUGAGUGACCCCAGGGGCGCUGCACUAGGGGUCCCUCUCCCCCUGACCCAGCCCCUCUGUGGCCACUUUAUGCGGACCAGGGCCUCCAGACUUUCUCCCUGGAUUCUCGAGAAGUGGCUCUCAGGGUGAAUGCAUGUUACUCUAACUCCCUAGUUGCAAAGAGCACAGAGGAUUUAGGAUUGUCUUGCUGGCACCCAAUGAUUCUCAUGGUCUCCCCAGCAAGGCCUUGAGAGAGGCCAGCACCCCACUUCCCUGCUCACUGUCAGGCAGCUCCGCCCCUGAGAGUCCCGUUGUGACCGGGCUCCUUGUUGCCUGCAUACGAUGGACCUGGGACACGUGCUCGCCAAUGUGCACACAGAGACCCAUCUGCCCGUGGAACUGAAGUCGCCUGUCCCCUCUGCUUUCCUGAUCACUCCUUAGAGAAGUGGGUCAGCCAUUCUCUUUUUUAAAAAACUAUUCUCCUCUCAAAUAUCCGAAGAAUGUUCAAAACACACUUUGGAAGUUGAACAGCAAAAUUUCCCUCAUUUAAAAAAAAGAUGCUGUUAAUGAAUAUUUUAUUAUUUCAUCAAACUUGUCAUUGGUCUUCUGUUACACUUUAUUCCUUAAAAAUUGUUGGCAUCCAUCCUGGGGACAAAAGCCUUGCCUCACGCGGUUGUGCUACAAUCGGGUAAGUUCAUACUGGUGAAAAGCAUUCCAUAAAAUAAAAACUCCCUUGAAAAUGUAAAAAUAUUGUUGGCUUCCAUAGGCCUUAUGAAGGCCACCUAUUACAUGGCCGUGUUAGUCUAACAUCUAAAAGAAAUUUUGAAUCUGUGUAACUAUGGUUGAUUUGAACCAAAUCCCCUUUAAAAAGAUCCACUAAGGAAAUGUAAACACUGUCCAAGUCGCCUUGUGGCCUGAAGUGAAUAAAUGCUGAGACUCAUUGCCUUUUGGCA